GACACCCAAAUUGAUUCUCGCGAGGUGCAAAAGGCACAAUCAUGGCUUCAGCAGCUGUAUGCAGCUCAAGAAUACGCGGUACCAAGCGAUUGCAUCUGUUCGACGACGAAUACAACUCCGAUUUCCCAUCGUUGUACCCCUCGUCUAUAACCAAGAAGCGUCAGUUGGCUCCCCCAGGUCUCGAGCGCCUCCUGGCGAGGUUCCCCAACAUGGAGGUGGUGAUUCUCAAGUUAGCCCUAGAGGAAUGCGGCGGCAACAUCGACGUCGUGAUCCAUCGCCUCUGCCAUCUCUUCCUCGAAGAAGCGCCUAUCACGAAACCCGACCCCGCAGUGAAAAUCAGCGGCAACCCCCCGACCCUGUGGGUUGAGCUAUUGGUGGAGGAGAUGGCGAAAGGGACGAGCAUGGACGAUGCCAAGUCCCGAGCCGACAAGGUUUUGGAGCUCUAGAGAAUUGCACCUCGCGGGACAAGGGGGUAGCGUGGAGCUCUUCAUCUCUCCCUGGAGAUCGAUCGAAAAUGGCUGAACCUAGAGGAUGGAGCAGAGCUUUGCGAGGAAAGAGUAAAGGUUUUGGUCUAAA